AUGCUCAAGUGAUGAAAGAAGAUUUGUAAAAGGAGAAAGUCAGCCCGAGCCCAGAUUGUAUGAGUCACACUGCCCUUCCUUCUUGUCGGAUUGGUACUAAUAUAUUUGUUGUGCGUGCUGUAUGGGUAUUUUAUUAUAAGGAAAUAAUAUGGAUUCAGCAGCAAACCAUCUUGUAGAGAUCAGGCAAGAAGAUUUGUUGAGGAGGUCUGAGAUGCAGGCUUUAAGAUCUCAAAAGAUUGUCCAAGAGCCGAUUCAUAAUAAUUAUAUUUUCUCCUCGUUUUUUAAAGAGGUUAUUAAUAGUAAUCUUAAAUUAUCUCAAAAUUUUGAAAUAAGUACUUAUGCAAGUAAUUAUAAUGACUUUGUAUCGGAAAAGAAAAAUAGAGAUUUGUCUCAAUGGUAUAUCACUCCUGGUAUUACUGAUGAAAGCCAAUUAAAUAGCACACAGAAAGACAAUAUUUCUACUAUUCUCUCUCUUUUCCCAUUGUUUAAAGGUAUUUUAUUUGACAGCUUUGACGAAGAAGGAGGAUUAUAUAAUACAAUCUACUAUGCAACAAAUGAUGAACGAACUUUCGUUCAAUACCCAGGAUAUAAGUCAGACAUGUUAAUUAAUUGGCCUGGGACUGAUACACUUUGACCAGAGCAUUUUGAUCCUCCUCAAAUGGAAUUUUAUGAUGCUCGGUGAAGACCUUUUUAUAAGAAAGCUGUUGAUGAAGCAUUUGACUUUAUAACCCAUGGGCCAUAUACAAAUCCUUCAAGUACAAAUAUGUUCUAUGCUCUGACGAUGAGUCAGGCUAUACCUAAAAGUGAUGGACAAGGAAUUCAUGGAGUUCUGAAUCAUGAUUUGAAUCUAAUUUUAAAAGGUAACAACCAGUUUGAAGGAGAACAAGACUCAGACCGGACUCAUUCAAUGAUAACAAGUGUGGAUGGAACCCUCAUAGAACACUCAAAUGUAACUCUCUCUAGCACAUCAGAUUCUAUUACCAAGGCUGAGUUUUCUCAAACAUCUGUUCCUUUGGAAAAUGAGUUAUAUACAGAAGAAACUAAGAAAUUUAACGAAACAUUUUUGCCUAUUUUCAAAAGUAUACAAGAUCCAAUAGUAACAACCUUUACUAAGUUUGGCAAUGAGUACUUGGCUGCUGUAAAUCCUAUCAGAGUUCGACAUAAUGUCAACGAGGAGGGAAUUGUUAAAUUUGAUAGAAUGUUCAUAUAUAUUCAAAUACGAGAUAGAGAGGCUUUCAUAAGAGAUAUUACAGAUAAAUCAGAUCUUCUAAAGCUACUAAUAAUCUUCGGCUGAGUAUUCACAGUUACCAUGAUUUUUUUAAUUCUCGCAUCUGCUUGGUUCCUCCUUAAAAUAGCAUCAAGAGGACUUUUACCAAUUAAAAUCCUAAACAGCAAAGUGUCCAUUCUGAUGACGACGAACGGUGAAUUUAAUAUGGACCAAAUGAAAUCGAAAAUGACUUCUUCUGAAGCAAGAAAAAUGUUUAGAGUGUUUUCACAAUUAAUCACUGCUAGAAGAUUCACUUCAAAUAAGAUAAUGUACAGCAGCAAUGCCAUCGCAAUCAUGGAGUACGCUGAAGCAUACACUGUCUUCAGAGGUAAUCAGAAAGUCCAAGGGAUCUGAAUGAACAACAUUGGGCACACAUACUACAAACUUGGAGAUUAUGAGAAAGCAGCCAAAAGUUACCAUGAAGCAUCAGAAUGAGCAAGAUCUCUGAUGUCUAAUAAACUUCUAUCUGAUGUUAUUAUGAAAGAGAACAUCAUGCUUUAUUGAAAAAGAAAAUACUACUUCUGUAUGUGAAAGUUUUAUUCCUUACAAAAUCAUCACAUUUCUCCAGGCGAGAAGGAAAUAUUGAGAAUUGAAAAGGAGCUAGAGCAGACCAAGACUCUUAUCGAAAAACUUGUUAAAAAUUCAGUUAGUGAUAUUCUUAUCAUGCUUAAUCUGUACUCAAGUAAAUGAUUACUGAUGACAAGGCGCCUUAUUUCUGCGGAGAGAGAUCUUCAUAUCGCUAUCAAGAUAUUUAAGAAGAAACAGAAAUUGAUACAGGAAGAUAGACCAGAUAUCCCAAUUAUACCAAGGUGCAUCCUUCGACAAAGAAUAUUGCUACAGAAAUCUCUUGUUAUGUUAGAUUUUAAGAAAAAGCGAAAAGCAGCUUAUUUAUUAACGGACUUGCUAAAGAUUGGAGAAGUAUAUGACCCAGCUGUCAGAAAAGAAGCUCUUAUGACACUUCAUUCGCUAUUUGGUAAUCAUCCUGAAGCUCAAAAUAUUGAGCAAAUGUUGCAGUUAUUUCAGCCGACAAGGAAGAAAAACAUAAUCCUUCUUGUCGACUCUUUGAAAGAUAAGUACUUUGAAACAAAGAAAAAUUUAUGUCAAGAAAUAUUUGAUUGCCUGGAGCAAGAAGACAAUAUUUCACUCAUUAGUAUGGAGAAUAAAGUUAAUAGAGUAUUUUCAUUAGUACCUAAAAGCCAGAAUACUAUCCAAUUGAGCAACCAACUUAAGUAUCUUGAUUCUAAAACCCCAAAAAGUCUUCUCCUAGUUGAUGGUCUAGGUCACUCCUUAGAUGAGAUUGUAACUUACUCUAUCGAAAACAGAAACAACAAUUAUAAUUGGAUAAUUUGCAUCAUAAGUAGCAUUGACACCAGUAGCUUCAGAUCAAGAGAUGAACUCAUCUUACUUGAAGAAGAAUUGGAGAACAAAAACAUCAAUAUCUUAUGUGUAGUGAUUGGGGAUGCCGAUAGUGAAAAAUAUAAGAAACUUCAUACCUAUAUGAACUUUAACGACUCCACCAUUUUCCUAAACAUUCAGAAUGAAUACAAUAAAAGGGAUAAAAACUUAUCAGGAAUGAUCCAAGCUCCUUUACCUGGAAGAAGAUCUUCAGGGGCACGUUCUGAAAUUCUUAAGCUACGGGCUUUGAUCAAGAACACAAGUAAUAUCCAAAUAAUUGAAGAGAAUCUAGUGUACGAAGAGUUUAAAUAA